AUGACUGCGGCAUAUGAGAGUGCCCCAGACACAAGACUCCCGGAUGGGGGUGUCGCGGGCGGAGGAGGGGGAGGGAGGAAAUGCAGAGAGGAGGAUAGGAGAGGAGAGGAGAGGAGAGGAGAGGAGGUGAUAGUAUACGCAGCGGACGGAGAGGAGGUCGAGAGAUGCUGGGAGAAACGAGCCACGAUGGCGGUGGAGGUGGUGGUGGUGCGGCUGCUGCUUGCGGAGAGCAGAAAGAGCCCCCUGGAGCAAGCAGUACCGCGUAUUACUUUUCGCCUACUGCUGUCUGCGCUAGGUCAACAUCGCGUAUCAGGGGGCAGGAACAAGGUUAGCAACGCUGUUUCCACCGUAAAAUACACCACCGUUGUAAAUUUUACCGCUAACUUUCUAGCGGGGCCAGCCUCAAAGAUGAAAAUGUUCUCUACAGUUUCGCAUCUGGAUCUGAAGCGUCUGGUAGAUGGAGGCGCGCCUUGCUACAACAAAACCGGUCUGGGCAGAGGCAGUCUGUGUCUGUCAUCACUGUCACAGCAAUUCAAGCCUCAACGCCAGAUUGAAUGCCCAGCCAUCAAAGUUUAA